CUUAUAAGUUGAAGCAGGUAGUUGUUUAUUUCGAAGGCGUAUUUUUUCCAUUUUAUUCAUUGUGAAUCACGAAACUCAUCACUUGUUUAAUACACAGGUGAGUAAGUUUACGUGCUUGCCACUUCAUAAAUUCAUGUUAUUCUGAUGUUAUUUUUAAAGGUUAUCCUGCUGGUGUACUCUACCACAGUCAUACGACAUAAUAAACUCAUAUCCCCAGAUAAUUAAAAAAAUACAAAUAGAUUUAUCGUCGAAUUGUAGUUCUGAUACAAUAUACUGUGUGCUUUGCAAAAUUAAUAUGCAUUGUAAUGUCCUCCCUCAUUUUGCGGUUAAGACACCUUCGAGCUGUCUAUGGAAGGAACUUUGACGCCUUCAGUGAUGAAUUUGAGUCGGCUGUGGGGGUGACUUUCGCCCUAAGUUCUGUGAAUCAAGAUAAUAUUGGCUACUACUAUGUCAGCGAAGUUGCCACUAAUAUUGAAAAUCCCGAAUGGGAAUCUAUUGAAGUACACAGUCUUCCUAAACAGUUCUCAUCAUCUAAAGCUGUUUUAUUCACUUUCUUUCUUGUACACAAGGAAAGCAAUUCACUUUUGUUUGAAAUUUUGGUACAUUUCUCUGGCCUCGUUGUCGCCAAUUCAGAAAUGCGCGAAAAUAUGUGCCUACCGCAGUCAAAGGAUCAGGUUUAUUUUCAAAUGGGCAGUCAUAUAUAUUCUCCCCGUGAGUAUUUCUCGCCAAACAUAAUAAGUACUCAAAUGUGGCCUAAAAGCACUUCCCGCCAUGUUCUCAAACCAUCUUACAACUUAUCUUCACUGCAGAAAUUCUUAGUCAACAAGGAGGCUUUGAAGGUUCAGCUGAAACGUAUAAAGUAUAUGCAAGGUCUAGCCAAUGUUUUGAAAUCAUCUCUUCACAGUUUGAUCAGCCAGGGCAUUGCUGCUGAAAAAAUGGCUGCGGCGAUUGGUCUAGUCAAGAAACGAAUAGAAUUGACAAGAUGUUUGAUGUUGCUAACAGGCAAGAAGAUAGAAACUCUGAAAAGUAAAAGAUUCUCUCUAGAGCAAGAGUUAUUGAACUUAAGUGAAAACAGAACAGUAGUUACUAAUCGACUAGAAGUUUUGCAUCAAUCUCUGAAGGUCGGUUACAAAGAGCUGAAUAAAAUACAAUGUGCGUUGUUUGUUCGCAUACUUCAUUUAUUAAAUGAAGUGUACAGUCUAUUCGUCAGUGAUCUGUUAAAUCCAGUAUUCAAUGCUAAUCAAGAAGCCCUGGGUAUCCAUGAGAGUAAUUUAUCCGAUGACAACUCAUCAACCCUACUGGAUGGUUCAGAUUUAUCAGUGAUGAUGAACAGUCAUCCUGUUCACCAUCCCAGCAUAGACUAUGGAGCAGAUUUUUUCACAUCACCUAUAUGCUUUGCCUACAUUACACAUUUAUUCGCUUUGAUUGCUGCUAUCUUAGAUCAACCGAUAAUUUAUCCAAGAGAUUUUGUGGAAAAUUAUCCUAAACUAAAACUGAUGGAUAUAUUUACACGGGAUCUAUCUCAGUCGGAUCGCUGUUUAGCUGCUUGCAUUUUAAAUCGCAAUAUUUUCUCUUUGGGUUCACGGUUUAACUUACGUCUGACACCGGAGAAACAUGCAUUGUGUAAUUUAAAGUCUUUAUUUGAUCAUUUUCAAAAUAAUUUGCUGGCUAAAAUCUAUCAAUAUGAAAUAUCUGGUUUUGUAUAACUAAGAUUUAUCCUUAUGAAACUGAAGAUAAUUUUUACCAAAAAAAUCUAAUUAAAUUUUAAUGAUUAAAAACAAAAGAAUCAUCAUAUUUUGAUUAUUGGAUUAUAAAAAUGUAUUUUGCUGCUUACUUGAACGAGCUCUGAAUGAUUUUUUCUUAUUUCAUAACUCUACCCACAUGUAAACUGAGAAUAGAAAUGUGAUCUGAACAAUUUUGUAUUGUUUUAUCAAAUGAAUUUGUUAUAUUGUAUUCUCGACAAGCUGAGCCUUUUCAUUGUUAUUUCUCAACAAACCUCCACUGCGUGGAUGACAGAGUGUGUGUGUGUGUAUAACGCUUAUUACAUAACGCUAUUUGAUUUGAUACCCGUAUGAAUUAUUGGAAUAAAAAAAUCAACUGGACAUGACAAAGUG